AUGACUGUCACGUACUCCAGUAAAGUAGCAAAUGCGACUUUUUUUGGAUUUCAUAGGUUACUCCUCAAGUGGAGAGGCAGCAUCUACAAACUACUGUACAGGGAAUUUAUUGUCUUUGCUGUUUUUUACACGGCAAUAAGUUUGGUGUACAGAUUGUUACUUACAGGAGCCCAAAAACGUUACUUUGAAAAAUUAUCAAUUUACUGUGACAGAUAUGCUGAACAAAUUCCAGUAACCUUUGUGCUUGGGUUUUAUGUUACUCUGGUAGUGAACCGAUGGUGGAACCAGUUUGUGAAUCUGCCCUGGCCAGACAGGCUGAUGUUCCUCAUCUCCAGCAGUGUUCACGGAAGGGACGAGCACGGGCGGCUGCUCAGAAGGACAUUGAUGCGCUACGUAAAUCUCACGUCUCUGCUCAUUUUCCGCUCUGUGAGCACGGCUGUGUACAAAAGGUUCCCAACGAUGGACCACGUGGUUGAAGCAGGUUUUAUGACAGCAGAUGAAAGAAAAUUGUUUGACCAUCUCAAAUCUCCUCAUCUGAAAUACUGGGUUCCAUUCAUCUGGUUUGGAAAUCUUGCAGCUAAAGCCCGAAAGGAAGGUAGAAUCAGAGACAGUGUUGAUCUGCAAUCAUUGAUGACUGAAAUGAACAGAUAUCGCUCUUGGUGCAGCCUCUUAUUUGGCUAUGACUGGGUUGGGAUUCCGCUCGUCUACACCCAGGUUGUCACGCUGGCUGUCUACACCUUCUUCUUUGCCUGCCUGAUUGGACGCCAGUUUUUGGAUCCCACCAAAGGCUACGCGGGGCAUGACUUAGACCUUUACAUUCCAAUCUUCACUCUCCUCCAGUUCUUCUUCUAUGCAGGAUGGCUCAAGGUAGCUGAGCAGCUUAUCAACCCAUUUGGAGAAGAUGAUGAUGAUUUUGAAACCAACUGGUGCAUUGACAGAAAUCUGCAGGUCUCUCUUUUAGCCGUGGAUGAAAUGCACAUGAGCUUACCUAAGAUGAAGAAGGACAUUUACUGGGAUGAUUCUGCUGCUCGACCACCUUAUACACUGGCAGCUGCUGACUACUGCAUACCCUCAUUUCUGGGGUCAACAGUCGAAAUGGGAUUGUCCGGGUCCGACUUCCCUGGUGAGGAGUGGCUGUGGGGUUAUGAGAAGCAUGGCCACCGCCGUUCCGUGAUUAGGAGAGUCAAGAGGUUCCUGAGUGCCCACGAGCACCCCUCCAGCCCCCGGAGGAGAAGCUACGGCAGGCAGGCCAGCGACAGCUCCAUGUUCCUUCCCCCAAGCGGUGAUGUCAGCCCAGCCAGGGAUCUGCUGGAUGUGCCCUCGAGAAGCCCCCACCGUGCCUCAGCCACCCAGAAGCAACCCUGCUCCCCAGAGGGGAGCAGUAAGCUGUACUCCAGCCUGGGAGAGCUGUCCACCAUCAGGGAGACCAGCCGGACGAGCACUUUGCAGAGCCUGAGUCCACAGUCCAGUGUGAGGGUCUCCCCCACCAAAUUGCCGCAGGUCCCCGAGGUACUGAUCACAGCGGCCGAGGCACCAGUGCCCGUGUCAGAUGGCUCCAGUGCCUCCAUCCAGAGCACAGAGUUUACUGGGGUAGAGCCAAGCAGGACUGGACAGCAAGAGGUCCCCGUGGGAUUGACUCCAUUCCCCUCAGAGAAAGGGACACCUCCUAGGGACCCCAGUCCCCAGACUAGUUCGGCCAAAGAUGAAAGAAACAUCCUCCCAUUUGCCUCUGGGGAAGACCCUAAUGAUGACAAGUUGCUGAAAAGGUGGAGCCUCCCGGGGUUCCUGGAGUCCAACCACCCCUCCCCGGCAGGCCUGAGUCCACAUCCCAUGAGCCCUGAGCCUGUUCUUUUACUUGACACAGAAACAUCCUCAGAGACCAGUGGAAUCAACAUUGUGGCUGGCUCUCGAGCCUCUCCUGAUAUGCUGUAUUUAAUGGAAAACCUGGACACCAAGGAAACAGAUAUCAUAGAUUUUAACAAUGAGCAAGCUGAGGAAUCAGCCAAAGGAAGACCAGAAAGGUCAACGACCUGGUUCUAG